UCCUGUUCUUGACGUAUGCAUCACAAACAGCCGGUCCGGCGGCAGACAGCAGCUCGUACCAGGCGUAGCUGCACGCAAAUCAUACCGUUAUACAUUUAAUUUUUAAUAACAGUAUUAAAAUAGGGUGACUAAACCCGUAUUGCAGCGGUCGAGGAGCGUUUUGGGGCCAACAUGUCUGCCAGCGCGGUGUACGUGCUGGACCUGAAAGGCAAGGUGCUGAUCUGCCGUAACUACCGGGGCGACGUCGACAUGUCGGAGAUCGAGCACUUCAUGCCCAUCCUGAUGGACAAGGAGGAGGAGGGCAACCUGUCUCCCAUCCUGGCCCACGGAGCCGUGCGCUUCAUGUGGAUCAAGCACAACAACCUCUACCUGGUCGCGACAUCUAAGAAGAACGCCUGUGUCUCUCUGGUUUUCUCUUUCCUCUAUAAAAUUAUCCAGGUUUUCUCCGAGUACUUCAAAGAGCUGGAGGAGGAGAGCAUCAGAGACAACUUCGUCAUCAUCUACGAGCUGAUGGACGAGCUGAUGGACUUUGGUUACCCUCAGACCACCGACAGCAAGAUCCUGCAGGAGUACAUCACCCAGGAGGGCCACAAGCUGGACACCGGCGCCCCCCGCCCCCCCGCCACCGUCACCAACGCUGUGUCCUGGAGGUCCGAGGGCAUCAAGUACAGGAAGAACGAAGUCUUCCUCGAUGUCAUUGAGUCUGUCAACCUGCUGGUGAGUGCGAACGGGAACGUGCUGCGCAGCGAGAUCGUCGGCUCCAUCAAGAUGCGAGUCUUCCUGUCCGGGAUGCCGGAGCUGAGGCUGGGCCUCAACGACAAGGUCCUGUUUGAGAACACCGGACGAGGGAAGAGCAAGUCGGUGGAGCUGGAAGACGUCAAGUUCCACCAGUGCGUCCGUCUGUCGCGCUUCGAAAACGACCGCACCAUCUCCUUCAUCCCCCCGGACGGAGAGUUUGAGCUGAUGUCCUACCGUCUCAACACACACGUGAAGCCUCUGAUCUGGAUCGAGUCCGUCAUAGAGAAACACUCACACAGCAGAAUCGAGUACAUGAUCAAGGCCAAGAGUCAGUUCAAGAGGAGAUCCACAGCCAACAACGUGGAGAUCCACAUCCCAGUGCCCACCGACGCCGAUUCGCCGAAAUUCAAGACCACCGUGGGCAGCGUCAAGUGGAUCCCAGAGAACAGCGAGAUCGUCUGGUCCAUCAAGUCUUUCCCGGGUGGUAAGGAAUACCUGAUGAGAGCCCACUUCGGUCUGCCCAGUGUGGAGGCGGAGGACAAGGAGGGCAAACCUCCCAUCAGCGUCAAGUUUGAGAUUCCCUACUUCACCACCUCUGGCAUCCAGGUACGCUACCUGAAGAUCAUUGAGAAGAGCGGCUACCAGGCUCUGCCCUGGGUGAGGUACAUCACUCAGAAUGGAGAUUACCAGCUGAGGACCCAGUAGUGACGACGGGCCGGCCCGGACUCAGUCACCCUCUGCUGGACACACGGUUGGAGAAACUGCAAGGCGCCGGUGGAUGAAAACCUUGGACGGACCUCAGGCUGCGUUCACACAGGAACAGGGAUGUCAGAUUUUUAAAGAGGCUGUAUUGAUCUUUUGGAAAAAGAUCAGAUGUGGGUCACGUCGGGUUAAAAAUGUCAUGUUCCUGUUCCUGUUCCUGGAUGGAUGGAUGGAUGGAUGAAGCGUAGAUGCACAUUUUGCUCCGGCUCCUGCUGUGUUUUAUGGACGUUUUAUGAUCAGCAUUCUUUUACCGGUUUUAUUAGCAUUUUUCUGUUUUUUUUUUUACACAUGAUUUGAGUUUUAAAACCUUGGUGCCAAAACACCACGAGGCACUUACAUUUACUGAAAGUGGCAACAAAAAGAAUCCGUUUUAUUGUGACUUGUGUUUUGUUACAGUUCACCGCCAAACGCAGUGAUGCCAUUAUUACUAUUAUUAUUAUUAUUAUUAUUAUUAUUAUUAGUUCGAUUGCAGGUCAAAUUAGGUCAGUCGCCGACAAGCAUUCCCCACACUGCGCUUACCUCAAGGCUGAAUACAUUCUCAAACCUUUUUAACUGGCUGGAGUGAAAGAUUCACAUCAGCUCAAACACUGAACUAAGGAUGUUAGCACUUCUCUACUAACGGCUUUAAGUUGUCACUGCAGUUACUUUACAUUUACUCGUGUCUGAAGUUAAAACUCGCAAAAACCUCUGGAGGAAUCUUGUCGAAGACGUUUGAGAAUCAGUAACUCAGACGUUUGGAUCCACUCUGAACUUUUUGAGCGUCUGUGUUUUUGACGUGGACGGGUAUAUCUGCCUCAAGGAGGAAGGAGUCGCAGGAAAAGGCGCUUCUUGCCGCGCAAAAUGUGGUCAAGAUUUCCUCCAAGGUGUUGAAUUGUUCCAACUCAAAGAUUCAAGUAAAUGCAAAUUGGAUUGCAGCGACAUCUUGAGGCCGUUUGGUUUCUCUUAACCCCGACUCUGCAGGAGUAAUUUGAUAUUUAAAUCAGUUUGUCUAGAGACUCAUGUAGCUCUUUGGCACGUCCAUGAUUUCAAAAUUUCCAGUAUCAGAGGUGCUUAACGUCGUCUUUCCACAGAGCAUCUAACCUGCUGAAAAGGUGCAGCAGACCCAGCGUCAGUUUGUCUGUAAAUAUGUCAAGAAAUUAGGAGAAAAGGUGGGCGAUAAGACAGAGGAAAGCCCAGUGUUGGUCCAGUUUCUGUUCUAAAUUAAAGUACAAUAAAAACUACAUCUUGAAUCCAUCAGAUGUAGAAAUAACCUGAAUAUGACACAGUGUUACACGAUAAAAAUCCAGAUUAACUUUGUUUUGGUGAAGACGAUCACACUGGGUUAAAAAAAAAAAAAAAAAAAAAAAAAAAAAAAA